UAAUGGAUAUUGUGGGAGAAAUUGUGAAAAGUUUUAAGCCAACCUUUGUGUAUGAAUGAAUAAAUAAAUAAUUUAUCCGCUUUAUCUUAACCUUUCUUUUCUCUUUUUCUUUUUUCUUCUCAAUAUUUACGUAGCAGAAUCUGAAGAAGAUGAUAUUGUUCUUCCCGUCCGAUAUUAUCCAGAAUCACUGUCUGCACUAAGCAAAGCAACAAGAUUCUCUGAAGAUGAAAUUAAACGAAUGUAUCGAAGCUUUAAAUCUCAAUGUCCCACAGGUUUUAUCAGAGAAGAUACAUUCAAGGAAAUUUACUCUCAAUUCUUUCCAUUUGGAGUAAGCACAUCGCAGUAUGCUCAUUAUGUAUUCAAUUCCAUCGAUCGGGAUUCAAAUGGCAGUGUGAGCUUUGAGGAGUUUGUCCUUAAUCUGUCAAUACUUUCACGUGGAACACUCGACGAAAAACUCGAAUGGACGUUUCAAUUGUAUGAUGUCAAUGGUGAUGGAUAUAUAUCGAAAGACGAAAUGACUGAAGUGAUGACGUCAGUUUAUGAACUGAUGGGGAAAGUCUCUGAGGGAUGCAAAGAAGAAAAUCAAAUUAAAGCGAAAGUCGAGAAUAUGUUCAAGAAAAUGGAUCUCAAUGCUGAUGAUAAAAUUUCAUUGGAAGAGUUUCUUUCAUCGUGCCAUAAAGACGACGGAUUAAUGCGAUCGAUAGGAGUCUUUCAGACAGUUUUUUAACCAACCAUUCAGUUAGUAAAAAGCUGAUAAUUUCUCUUUUUUCAAUAUUUCAUCAUUACAUUAAUAAAACCGACU